AUGUCUCCUUAUCGGCUUGUUUUUGGGAAAGCUUGUCACUUACCUGUGGAGAUUGAGCAUAAAGCUUAUUGGGCAGUAAAGCAGUGCAACAUGGAUUUAACUAAAGCAGGAGCCCAAAGAAAAUAUCAAUUGCAAGAGCUUGAAGAAUUUCGCUUGGAAGCAUAUGAAAAUUCAAGAAUCUACAAGGAAAAGACCAAGUUAAUGCAUGAUAAGCUGAUAGUUAGAAAAGAGUUCAAGGUGGGACAAAAAGUGUUUCUCUAUAAUGCCAGAUUGAAACUUAUGUCAGGAAAACUUUGUUCUAGAUGGGAAGGUCCUUUUAUAGUUGUUAAAGUGUUUUCUUAUGGUGGAGUAGAGAUUAUGGUAGAAUCUACUGGAGCAAAGUUUAAAGUUAACGGGCAUCGGUUAAAGCAUUUUUAUGAUGGAUUUGAGACACACAUUGUGGAGGAGUCUUCCCUCCAAGAUAACACUUAA